AUGUUCAAUCGACAAAAGAUCUAUAUUGGUCUAGCAGUCUCCGCCGGUGUUUGUACCACUGUAGGUCUCUAUCUCUUAUAUCGCCAGCAAAAACAAAUAUCAUUGUCGAAAACAAGUCGUUGUCUCACACCGAUAUCAACGUUGCCAUCAUCGCCAUCGCGUCAUGAUUAUCCAUCAAUUGAUAUCGAUUCUCCGAUUGACGUAGACAAUGAUGAAUCAGAUUCAGCACUCACUCCAAACAAAAUUCACAUACCAAGCGGUAGUGUCCCAUUAACACCAGAUCAAGCAUCGAUACUAACUCAUUUUCUUUACGAAAGCCACGAUAAUGAAGAACAGUUACAUUAUGGUUUAAAAAGUAUUGCCAAUACAUCUGUAUUCAAAGAAAGUCAAAUAAAUCUCGCGAACGCUGGUUGUAUCGCUCGCUUACGAGAAUUAUUAUUGACCUCUGAUAAUGAUACAACAAAAUGUCACAUUCUUCUCGCAUUAAACAAUCUUGCUUUGAAUGAUUUUGCAAUUACUCAAUUUUCGAAUAUUGUUUCUAUUGUUAUCAAUUUAUGUCGCAAUAGUCCAUCGAGUUCAUCCAUACGUCUGUAUGGACUUAGUUUGCUUAUAAACAUGUCUGUUCUCGAUUAUCUACACGAAGAAUACAUGAGUAAUGUUUGCGAUUUGGGAUUGUUGAUUGAGUCAACAAUUGUGUCUGAUGAUGAAGCGUUAUCGUCAGGAAAAGUCCUUGUGAAUCUAUCUGUGAAUAGCUCAAAUCUUGAGAAUUUGUUGAAACUAACCGGUUUGGAAUUGAAAUUGAUUGUAAAUCUAUUCACUUCGAGAAUCGACCAAUCAAAGAAAUCUGAAGAUAUUCUUAUUCGAUUUUUGAUCUUCUAUUGUAAUGUGGCGGAGAGAAUUCUCAGUGAAAUACAAAACGAAGGCGAUGCAAAUAAUAACACAUCAUGGUUAACGAAUCCAACACCGCAACGGCGAGGGGCACUUUACUUCGAAUUUUUCGAUCAAGAUAAACAAAUGUUAGCUAAAUCUCUUCUUCGUCCUCACUAUACAUCUACUUUGGUCAAUAGUCAUAUGAAACGUUUGUACCAGUUGAUGAAUAAGAUACAUCAGAAUCAAAUGGAUUUAUUGAAGAAAUUUGUUAUGGAAUCUUCCUCGAUUAAUUGA